CUGCACAGUGCUUACAAUCGACACUCAGGCAGGCCAGGACAUGAAUACACUGUGCCAGAGCAAGAACAGCUUGCUGGGUCAAAGUGAAAACAGAAGAAUAGCACAGCAAAACAAUACUAACAACGCUGUUAAAAUGCCAAUGAGGAGAAGAAGGUUAUCCUGCAGUCCUUGUUCCCUCUGCUGAUGUGCACUGCAGCUAUGGAAGGAGACAUUGAAGUACUGGAGGGACACUUAAACCAGGGUGCUGAUGCCCAAAUGACUUCCAGUUACGGGCGAACACCCCUUCAUGUGGCAGCAGGAGAGGGGGACCUGGACACUGUGAGAUUCCUUCUGAAGAAAGGUGCUGAUAUCAGCUACAGAGAUGAUUUCAGAGAACCUGCCCUCAAUGACGCCAUUCGCAGCAAGAAUUUAGAAGUGGUGGAGCACCUAGUCAGUGAGGGGGCUUAUCUGGAGAUCCUUCCUGGAGAGCUGGGGGGAGAGAUGUGCUGUCUUGCCUAUUUGAAUGAUACCAAACAACUGGAGAUAUGGAUGGCAGCAGGGAAGCACCUCAACUAUGCUGAUUAUGACAAGAGGACUCCUCUUCAUGUGGCUGUCUGUACCAACCAGGCUGAAAUGGUUCUCUUCUGUUUAAAUAAUGGAUCAGAUCCAGAGCUAAGAGACUUCCACAACAACAGGCCUCUCGAGGAUGCCCGUCGGCUAGGGUUCAAGUACAUGGAGGAGCUGCUGCUGGCUGACCAGGCAAGGAGACAAGCAGUGGCAGAGGAGGAGGAAAGGCUGAGAGAGCUGCAGGCAGAAAUUGAGAAGGAUGCGGAAGAGCUCUUACAGUAACAUCACACUCUGUCAGCUGCAGAACAGAUGAAAU